UCAAGUUUUGUGUUAUUGAGGGGCACAUUCAUCCGGUUAGAUAUCCAUGCUGCCACGAGUUGGCGGUGCAGGGGAGAGUCCAUUUUAACGCGAUUGCUCCGGCUGAAUUAUUCCACAGAACAACAGAAUCAUGAUGGCAGAAACCGAACAGCAGUUUAUGGAGACAUCCGAAAAUGGUAACGAGGCCGAGGAACAUUUUAACUGCGAAGAAGAAGAACCCGUGGAACAGGCAGAGGCAGAAGCGGUAGAAGAGGAGGAAGAAGCGGUAGAAGCCGUAGAAGCAGACGCAGAAGCCGAAGCAGAAGCAGAAGCAGUAGAAGAAGAGGCUGUCGAAAAGGUAGAGGGACUUGAAGACGACGCACCAGAGGAAGAUUCACAGAAUGGAACCUCAGAAGGCGGACAAAUUGACGCCAGUAAAGGCGAAGAAGAUGCGGGUAAAAUGUUUGUUGGGGGACUCAGUUGGGAUACAAGCAAGAAAGACCUUAAAGAUUACUUUUCCAAAUUCGGAGAGGUAACUGAUUGUACGAUCAAAAUGGACUCAAACACGGGGCGUUCAAGAGGAUUUGGAUUUGUUCUUUUCAAAGACGCAGCCAGUGUUGACAAGGUGCUGCUACAGAAGGAACACAGGUUAGACGGCCGCCAGAUCGACCCCAAAAAGGCUAUGGCCAUGAAGAAGGAGCCGGUAAAGAAGAUAUUUGUUGGUGGCCUUAACCCUGAGACGGAAGAGGAAAAGAUCAGAGAGUAUUUCGGGACCUUUGGAGAGAUCGAAACAGUUGAAUUGCCACUGGAUCCCAAGUCGGAGAAAAGGAGGGGCUUUGUCUUUAUUACGUAUAAAGAUGAAUCACCUGUGAAGAAAGUCCUGGAAAAGAAGUAUCACCACGUUAAUGGAAGCAAGUGCGAAGUAAAGGUUGCCCAGCCCAAGGAGGUCUACCAGCAGCAGCAGUUCGGUGGCCGUGGGGGAUAUGGCGGAGGCCGUGGAGGACGGGGCCGCGGUGGUGGACAAAACCAGAACUGGAACCAGGGCUACAACAACUAUUGGAACCCUGGCUACGGUAACCAAGGCUACGGCUACGGUGGACAGCAGGGCUACGGCGGCUACGGACCCUACGGCCAGUAUGACUACUCGUCUGGUUACUAUGGCUACGGAGGAUAUGGCUACAGACCUAAGUGAUCAUGACAGCAGGAAGCCUGCAGAGCGAACAGCAUGGAGUGGAUGGGUGACGGGGACCUGACUUUUACCUUCCGGACGAAACACAGACUCACACCUCAUUUGUACAGAACAGACAAUUGGGGAAGCCGUGUCACUUCUCCGUCUUUUUGUUUUGUUCACAUUUCCAAUGAUGGAAGUGUUAUUUUUACUGUACUUUUUGGUACCUCUAUAAAUUUAAUGUAUGUUUUUUUUUCUCUUUUUUUGUUUGUAUUUUUCAUGUCCUGGAUUUACAGUUGAGAUUAAGAUCCGUCAACGUUUUUAGAAAAAAAUAAAAUCACUUUUGACAUUUACCUAGGUUUCCUUUAUUCCCUGGUGCUGUGAGGUGCAUGGCCGAGUGCUUUAGCAAAAGAAUUGUUGAGUUUUACUUUUUUUUUUUCGUGGAAAAGGGAUGUCGGGGGUUAACAAUGCUAAUUAUGACAUGUGAACGGGGGAGGGGUGGGUUGCGGGGCAAGUAUCGUAAGUAAGUGAAAAAGUGAAAACGAUUAAUUGGAUUGCAGUACUAUAUUUGACAUAAGUUGGCUUAAGUUACAAUUGUUUUUGAUCCUGCUUUAUGUGGCUUUGAUAUUAUGGUGCAAUUGAAGUUAAUUCUCUGCUCCUAAAGAGUGGGCUGCAGCCCAACUGGAAUCUUUCUUUUAGUGUCAAGUUAGAAAUAAAACAUUUGAUUAUAAUA